AUGGCCCAGAGGGACUUGUCGCUGCAGCAGCAGCAGCUGCUGCAGCUGCGGAAACUGCAGCAGCAGCAGCAGCAGCAUCUGCACCAGCAGCAUCUGGAGUACCUGCAGCAGCAGCAGCUACAGCAGGAACUUAUAUCACAACAGCAAGUUGAGCAGCAGCUGCAGCAGCAGCAGCAGCACGGCCUCCCCUUUCACCCGGGCUUCCCGCUGCUGUAUGCCCCUCCUCCGCUGCUGCUGCAGCAGCAGCAGCAGCUCACAGCAGCAGCAGCUGCAGCAGCAGCAGCAGAUGGAGGGUUUAGCUUUCCUAGCUUCUCUCCCUCAGCUGGUCUCCUACCCAGUAUAUAUGAAGAAUGCUCUCAGCCUUACCCUACAUUCAGAGACAACUGCAGCUUCUACCCCCCUAUUAACCAGCUGCAACAGCUGCAGCAGCUGCAGCAGCUGCAGCAGCUGCAGCAGCUGCAGCAGCAGCAGCAACAGCUCCUACCGAUGCCGCACCUCCAGCACCGGCAGCACCAUCAUCAGCUGCUGCAGCAACAGCUGCAGCAACAACAACAGCAGCAGCUGCAGCAAGCAGCAUCUGAGCGGUCAGAGACUCUAUUAGAAAGCAACAUUGGGGUGUGGCAUGCUGCAGCAGCAAAGCCGUCCACAACCCCAGCAGAAGCAGCAGCAGCAGCAGCAGCAGCAGCAGAAGAGAACAGCACUGCUUGCGCUUCUCCGCUGGAAGUCGAUGCACCAUCUCCUUCUCUCAGCCCUGCAGCAGAUGCAUCCUCACAAGAAGGAAGCAGCAGGCUGCCUGAAGGUGCUGCUGCAGGGGCCCCCCCCAGCAGCAGCAGCAGCAGCAGCAGCAGCGAGGCACACACAAGCGCUGCUGCAGCUACUGCAGCUGCAGAAUCUGCAGCACCUCUUGAUGAGGAGGAAUGGCAGGGAGACGGGAGCGAGCGACAGGAAGAGUACAGGGAUUUUGCUGCUGCUGCUGUUGCUGCUGCUGCUGCUGCUGCUGCUCCAUCAAAUCCCCUCACUGAAGAGUUUCCUUAUUCGCAACUCGGAAGCAGCAGCAGCAGCAGCAACUUGCCGCUGCAAGCACAACCUGUCUUCUCUCCCGGCAUGGGAAGAUUCCCCUAUCAGCAGCAGCAGCAGCAGCAGCAGCAGCAGCAGCAGCAGCUGGUGUAUGAUGAUGUGCCCCUAAGAGUCACUUUGCCUCCCACCAUGGCCUUGCUGCAGUCUCAGCUGCCGCACAACAGCAAUAGCAGCAGCAGCAGCAGCAACUGCAUGCCCUCCUACUUGAUGCACUCUGCGGGCCCUCUGUCCUACGGCUGCUGGCCUUCAUCAGCAGCAGCAGCAGCAGCAGCAGAAUUCACGCCAGCAGGCACCCCACAGCACCCGCAUCUGCAACAGCAGCAGCAGCUACACCAGAGGCAGCAGCAGCAGCAGCAGCAAUGGGAGACGCAGCGGUACAAGCAUGCGACUCAGACGUACAGAGACAUUCAACGGCUGUCUCCCGGCAUCGUCGUCAGCAGGGGCAGCAGCAGCAAGAACAACAACAACAGAGGCAGCAGCAGCAGCAGCAGCAACACGGACAGGGAAAGAAGCAGCUAUGAAGUUAGGCCAGACCCUGAAGCCCUGCGCCUCCCUAUCACUUCUUAUGAUGCUAUUGCUACCAUAAGACAUGCAAAGCUGAAGCAGCCGCAGCAACAGCAGCAGCAGCAGCAGCAGCAGUUGCUGCUGCUGCAGCAAGAAAGGCAAAUGCAAAAGCAGCUGCAGCGGCAAGUACAGCUACAGCUACAGCAGCAGGAUGAAUUCAUUGCACCUGUACUUUGCUGCUGGUCGGCCUACAGCUCCCCUUCUUCUUAUCAGCAGCAGCAACAACAGCAGCAGCAGCAGCAGCUAGAGCAGGAGCAGCAGUGGGCCGAAGAGCUGCAGCAGCAGCAAAAAGAGGAGGAGGAGGAAGAACGGGAAUGGCAGCAGCAGCAAGACGAGCAGCGGGAGCAGGCCCAGCAGCAGCAGCAGCAAGAGCAGCAGCAACAGGAACAGCAAGAACAGCAGCGGCAGCAACAACAAGAGCAGCAACAUCAGCAGCAUGAAUCUGGAUCAGUGCAAGACUCUGCAGCAGCGGGCAGCUGCAGCAGCAAAGCAUGCGUCUCUGCUGCUCUACUGCAGCAGCUGCUGCAGGAGAUCAGUAGCCUGCGCAGCAGCGUCGAGGCAGCAGCAGCACUGCAAAAGCAGCAGCAGCAGCAGCUGCGGCAGGAAGAGCAGCAGCAGGUGCCGUUCACCAGGAGCAGCAGCAAAUCUUUUGAGGAGCAACAGCAGCAGCAGCAGCAGCAGCAGCAGCAGCAGCAGAUGGUCCCCGCUGUGGCUUCUGCUGCUGCUAUUUUCGAGCCCUCUAAAUAUCCGUCUCUGACUGCAGCGCGCAGCGCAGGUAACCACAUUAAGUAA